UAUAAUCUAUUAUAUAAAAAUAAGUCCGGUUUUCCUCCCUGACGCUAUAACUCCAGAACGCACGAACCGAUUUCCACGGUUUUGCAUUCGUUGGAAAGGUCUUGGGCUCCGUGAGGUUUAUAGCAAAGAAAAUUCUGGAAAAUUCAGGAAAAAUUCAACAGAAAAGUGGGGAAAUCGUUUUUCACAUACAGCGCCAUCUAUUAUACAUAGCAUGUACUUCAAACCAAUAGCAACGGUGCGUGAUAAAGUGUGUGACAGAUAGUCAUUAUUCUCUGCUCAGUUAAUUUCAUUUAAGCUCAGUGUAAAUUAUGUGGAUCGUGCAUUUGAAGUUAAAUUCAACACUCUGUCCAUAGUCCAAAAUGCCUAGAGAACGACGUGCGAACAUCGGCCGCCGCACAAGACAUGCAAGCCAGCAACAAGUCUAUUCAAGGAACUUAAGAGAAGAAAGACAAAAUAUAAUAAGAGAAAAUGACCGAUUGAGACAUCGCGUGAGCACACGAAGAUCAUUGGCAUCAUACAAUCGCUUGGCAUUCCAAUAUGAUCCCACUGCGAACUACAGUGAUGAUGAAAAUUUGGAUAUUGGACGAAUGACGACUAUAUGCCGAUAUUGCAAUGCGGUAAAGUUCAAAAGAGAAACGGUUGGAUUGUGCUGCGCAAGUGGAAAAGUCAAACUGGAUCCAUUACUUACACCACCACAGCCACUGAAAACAUUGUUUGAUGGAAGUGAUCCCGAUUCCAGCCAUUUUCUUCAACACAUCCUUGAAUUUAAUAACUGCUUUCGCAUGACUUCCUUUGGAGCUAAUAUCAUUCGAGAAGGCGGCUUCAUGCCGACUUGCAAGAUACAAGGUCAAAUAUAUCAUUUGCAUGGUUCAAUGGUGCCAACACCAGAUGAACCGCAUCAAUUUCUGCAAAUAUAUUUCAUUUCGUCGAUGGUGGAUCAGCUGAACGUGCGGUGCAAUAUACAGGGAGCACAACAGUUAAAGAGACGAAUUAUUGAACAGUUGCAAGCAUUUUUUCACGCUAAUAAUGCUGUGGUUAAUAUGUUCAAAACAGCAUUGGAACGAAUGCCAUCGGAUACGCACAAAUUUGUCAUAAGAGCGGAUUGUACUCCAACAGGUGAACAUGUGCGAAGAUUCAAUGCACCCACCGUUAAUGAUGUUGCUGCAAUUAUUGUUGGCGAUCCAACUAAAUCACGAGACAUUGUCGUUCAGCGAAGAAGCAAUAUCAUGCAUCGUGUAAACGAGACACAUCGUUUGUACGAUGCGUUACAAUAUCCAAUCAUUUAUUGGCAAGGGCAAGACGGAUACGACAUCACGUUGAAGAUGGUCGAUCCAAUUACAGGAGUAUCAACGAAUAAUAAAAAUCUAAGCGCAAUGAAUUACUAUGCGUAUCGUAUGAUGAUUCGUACACAUGAGGAGAAUGUCAUUCUGAAGUGCGGUCGGCUAUUCCAGCAAUUCGCUGUCGACAUGUAUGUCAAAGUCGAGACCGAACGUUUAGCGUUCAUCAGAUUCAAUCAGCCAAAGCUACGAUCUGAGGACUAUAUACACUUGCGUGAUGCUAUUCAUUCAGAUGGUGAUGUUCAGAAUAUUGGACGACUGACGAUUCUCCCAUCAACUUAUAUCGGAAGCCCACGCCACAUGCACGAAUACGCUCAAGACGCUAUGACGUACGUGCGAAAUUAUGGAACUCGGUAA